UCCAAAUAUUUCUCUCUUUGCUUGCUUUGUUUCUCUGUUAUCGGAAAUGACGUACGUCACUGCCAUUGGUGGAGUUAAGGUUCUGAUCAAGAGUCGACCAGAUGACUUUUGGUCUAAAAUUCAAGACUCCAUAAAUUCGUUUCCUGCUGCCGCUCCUGACAUAUAUACAUCAAUUACAGAAGAUGCAGAUCCUUCCAAGCGCCAUGUGAAGUAUGGCUCAGCUUCUCAGAAUAUCAAGAUCUCGACUGAGAAGAUCGAUGAAAACAGUCAGGAAAAAUUCGCUUACACUAUACCUGAAGGAGAUAUCCUCCAACAAUAUAAGGUCAACCGUUUCCAGGCUGCAAUACUUUACCCAAAUGACAAAUGGGUGGAAUGGAACUGGACCUAUAACUAUGACCAAGCUAAAACAGAUUUGGCUCAUAGAUUUGAUGCACUCUUUGCAAAGAUUGUGGUGGAAACCCUGGCAAAACUUGAUAACCAUAUACAAAAGCCAUAAUAAAUUGCAUUGAUGAACUCAAGGCAUAAACGUGCGCAAAUAAAACAGAGCCCUGCUCUUCACUCAUCUGUGCAUGUUUUCUAGAUUAUUAUUGUGUGGCUAGCUAUGUGCUGCGUGUGCUGUAGUAAAUAAAGCAGACUACGUACUAUGUACUCUUAAUGCUCUGCACUUUAUCCUCGUUGUGUCCGUGUUAUGCUUAUGUAUUUUUCUUAAUUAAAGUAAAUCCAGCUUCAGCUGGUUCGUAUGGUA